GACCAUUAUUGCCUUUUGUUCGCCUUUUGAUAAACAACAAUUUGUGACAAAAAAUCACAAUUAAAGCCGUCAAAACCAAUAAAAAUCGUAAAAAGAAGCGCCAAUCGGAUUAUUGACACAAGAAACAUUACGACGACGACUACAGACGAGUAUAGACGCCUGCAUUUUUAUUACAAAAAAAAAGUUGAUCAAGGAAGUGACUAUUUUUGGUGUUUAAUAAUAAGAAAAUGAAAAGAUAUUUCAAUUUUAAUACAAACACACAACAGGUUGGUUCGACUCGUUUUCGAAAUACCAUUCAAUACAAUAAUGAGUACAAUCAAUUAUCCACCAUGGACUCCGAUGAUAUAGAAUCAUCUACCAGCGCAAUGUCCAGCCUGAAUAGCUUGUUUUCGUUUACGAGUCCGGCUGUGAAAAAGCUGCUGGGUUGGAAACAAGGAGACGAAGAGGAGAAAUGGGCUGAGAAAGCAGUUGACAGUUUGGUUAAAAAGUUGAAGAAACGUAAGGGUGCCAUCGAAGAGCUAGAAAAGGCCUUGUCUUGUCCAGGUCAACCGUCAAAAUGUGUGACCAUUCCCCGAUCCUUGGACGGACGUUUACAAGUUUCACAUCGCAAAGGACUACCCCAUGUUAUAUACUGUAGAGUAUGGCGAUGGCCUGAUCUUCAAAGUCACCACGAAUUGAAAGCACUGGAAACUUGCCAAUUUCCGUUCGUUGCCAAACACAAAGAAGUUUGUAUCAAUCCAUACCAUUACAAAAGAGUCGAAAGUCCAGUUCUACCACCAGUGCUUGUACCACGACAUUCUGAAUUCGCACCCGGCCACUCAAUGCUCCAGUAUCAACAGCAACCGGCAAUGAUAAAUUAUUCGUCAGUUGGAUAUCACGGCAACAUGAGCCCGAACAGUAUGAUCUCAUCCGUGCCGAGUCCUGGUUCAGUCAACUCAAAUCCAGUCAGUCCAUAUUCAAUGCCCGAAUCCCCACCACCCGCAUACAGUCCAGCCGAAGAUGUGAAUUCGAACAAUCAGUUGGACAGCGGUUUGGAUACACAAAUGACGGAGGCCGCACCGGUUUGCUAUCAGGAACUCUCAAAUUGGGCCACAAUUGCAUAUUACGAACUGAACUGUCGUGUCGGCGAAAUAUUCCAGUGCAAUACGAGCGAGGUCACAGUCGACGGAUUUACAAAUCCUCGCAACAAUGCCGGCCGUUUCUGUCUCGGCCAGUUGAGCAAUGUGAACCGAAACAGUACCAUUGAACAGACGCGUCGACACAUUGGAAAAGGUGUGCAUUUGGUUUAUGUUGGCGGUGAAGUUUACGCCGAAAAUAAAUCCGAUUCGGCAUUGUUUGUGCAGAGCCGUAACUGUAAUCAUCAUCAUGGCUUUCAUCUAAGCACGGUAUGCAAAAUACCACCCACAUGCUCAUUGCGUAUAUUCAACAAUCAAGAAUUUGCUCAACUGCUGUCCGAAUCGGUGAACCAUGGCUUUGAAUCGGUUUAUGAACUGACGAAAAUGUGUACGAUACGAAUGAGUUUCGUCAAAGGCUGGGGCGCCGAAUACCAUCGUCAAGAUGUAACGUCCACACCGUGCUGGAUCGAAAUACAUUUGGGCGGACCAUUGCAGUGGUUGGACAAAGUUCUGACACAAAUGGGAUCGCCACGGAAUGCCAUUAGUUCGGUGUCGUAAGUUUACCGGUUGAAAAAUAAAGUCAUUGAAGAUUAGAGAAAAGAAAAGUGACCCUACGUUCGAUUCGUAUAUUUUUGAUAGAAUGGGAUCAUUGAUUUUAUAUGCAGACAUUUGUUGUAUUGGCCAUUUAACAUUUUAGUGAACAAAUUAAAUUUUAAGUUUGAUAUUCGUUCGUAAGGUGGGACAUGUGUAACGUGAAACUUUUUUUUCGUAUUUUAAAAAGUUGUGCUAAAAAUAAAUUUAAAAAAAUUCUUAGAUCAAAUUUCAGUUGAUUAGACGUAAAACGAAUUACCAUCGCAGCACAUGGUUAAAUGGUUUCUUUUUUGUUUGUUUAGAUAUUUUAAAAUGAUCAUGCUGCCAAACCAACCAGCUAAAACGACAAUUUAACGUCAGAUAUAAAAGUUAGUUUGUUGAACGAUUUCGACGGAGCACUGAUUAUUGUUUAUCU